AUGACUGAUGAUGCGAGAGACAACACCCCGGAUCAGCGUGGCCGGCAGCGUCGGGGCCUGCUGCCGCCUGGCCUAGUUGAUCUCAUGGGUCCGCCCCUGAAGGUCGGCGCCUUGACAGGAACCAUCGGCAUGUUCAGUGGUAUCGCUGCAGGCAUCAUCCGCGACUCCACGCCAGCUCUGUUCGCUCUGGCAUCAGGUAUCCAGUGGUUUGCCCUCGGCUCAAGUUAUUGGCUCUCAAGGACUGUGGUGAUGAGCGCGUGGGGCGGCGAAGCGACGCUCUCCAAUUCGUCCAAGAUCCAAGCCAGUGCUGUUGCGGGAGGCACGGCAGGCAUGGUCGGAGGUUUGAUCCGUGGCCCGAAAAACAUCAUCCCCGGAGUGCUCGUUUUCUCGCUCAUCGGGGGAACCGGCCAGGCAUUCUACAACAGCGUGCAGGGCCGGCCCGAGGCCACCGAGAAGAGGAAGAGCAUCUUCGAGUCGAGCUGGAGCCCGCUCAAAAAGCUCUCAGACGACGAGUAUCGCGACAUGAUUGAGGAAAAGAUGCUCAAGAUCGACGCCGAGAUCGCCCUCAUCGACGACAAGAUUGCCGAGCUGCGCGCAGCAAAGGAGGCCAACCCUCCGCCGCCUCGCCAGGAAGCGCCUCAGCAGCCGCCGCCAUCAAGGAGUUGA